CAUCCUCUAGAUAUUUCUGUAUUCCCGUAAAUUUCAAGAAAAAGCUCGAGAAUUUUCGGAUUCGUGCCUUUAUAUAGAUUCGCAAAUCCUCUGCGCUUCUCAUCAGAAUUCGAAACAAAAAAAUCAAAGUUUCUCAUAAUCGAAUCAGAUUCUCUCUAUAUUAAAAAAAAAAAAAAAUGUCGAUGAUUCCAAGCUUCUUCAACAACAACAACAACAGACGAAGCAGCAACUUCUUCGAUCCUUACUCACUCGACGCAUGGGAUCCGUUCAGAGACCUAACAUCAUCAUCAUCUUCGCUUUCUCGAAACACCUCAGCGAUCGUUAACGCACGUGUUGACUGGAGAGAGACGCCGGAAGCUCACGUGUUCAAAGCCGACUUGCCUGGACUUAAGAAGGAAGAAGUGAAGGUCGAGAUCGAGGAAGACAACACCGUUUUGAAGAUCAGCGGAGAGAGACACGUGGAGAAAGAAGACAAAAACGACACGUGGCACCGUGUGGAGAGGUCGAGCGGACAGUUUUCGAGGAGGUUUAGGUUGCCUGAGAAUGUCAAGAUGGAUCAGGUUAAGGCUGCGAUGGAGAAUGGUGUUUUGACUGUUACUGUCCCUAAGGCUGAGACUGAUAAGAAGGCUGAUGUCAGGUCUAUUCAGAUCACUGGCUGAGCUGAGCUUUGACGUUCAGGUUUUCUGAUCUGUGUUUGUUCUCUGUUUUUACUUUGAGUGUGUGUGAGUGUGUGUGUGUCUAUCUAAUUAGUAAUUAUGAUGAUGUAUCUUAAUUAAGUAAUGAAGAUUAGAACAUGUUUCUUGUGCUUUA